AUGGAACCUGCGUUGUCCAUUUUAUAUUUGGUGGUCCAUGUUGGAAUGACAUUUGCAAACACGUCGAGUACAUCUCAGGUAUGACCAAAGAUUUAGAGCCUGGCCAUAUGCAUGAUGCAUGCAAAGAACUCAUCUGAGACUGAACAAAAUCCAAUGCUAGUCUCUUCAACCUAGCAGUCGUCUGCAAGUGAUCUCGCCAACACGAGAGAGAAUAGUCUCAAACGCGGGCUGAAUUAAGGAAGAUAACUAAUUAGGAAAGACUAUAGUAAAUUUGAAAAAUAGUUAGCUAUAGUUUAUCCAGCACGAAAUUUCGCAAAGAGUUCGAGGUCAAAAUACAGGUGCUCCUUGGGCUAAGGCCCUAUAUAUUCAAACACAGCCUCUCUAUAGUUAUGUAUAAAGGGCCAUAAUGCCCAAAUGUAUCUCGAUAAGAAACCGACGUUCGAGGUAAUUAUAACUAACUUCAAAUUUGUAAGGAUUGACACACAAUGAAAUCUACUUUCUGAUAAUGUAUUGUUCUUCAAAACAAACAAGGCUUUGCAUUUGAUAUGCAUCAAUUCUCUUGUUGGACUAUGGUAGUGCAUUGAUUAAUUUUUAUUCAUUCGUUCACGCCCGGGCCAACAACAAUUAAGACACAGACACAACACCAACUGGGCAAUUCGUGUUUGAAAAGAGUGGGCUGAAAUAGCAUGGCCGAAGGUAGAAGCGCUAACAAAGAUUCAGGGGCCGAUUACAUGGAGCAUUUUCAACCCCGGGGUUGAAUUCAGCCCUGUUUACCGGGUUGAAAUUUCAGCCCUGUCUGUAAUACAAAACUCUAUCAAAAUCAAACGCGCGAUUACAUGACAAAAUUUUCAACCCUGGGCUGAGUUCAACCCUGGGGUUGAAAUUUCAACCCUGCUUCAGCUAGCAGGCCGGGUUGAAAUUUCAACCCCGGGGUUGAACUCAGCUCUGGGUUGAAAAUUUUGUCAUGCCAGGGCUGCACGAAAUUAUCAUGUGUUAUUCGAGCAUACGUGGUAGUGACUAUUUAUUACAAGAAAACAAAAUAAAGGCUUUUUUACUUCCGCGAAUCGAUACCGAGAACGUACAGUAUAACGUUUCAACCCCGGGGUCGAAAUCGUCCAUGUAAUCGUAAAAAAUUUCAACUCGGUUAACAGGGCUGACUGCUGAGUUCAACCCCGGGGUUGAAAAUGCUCCAUGUAAUCGGCCCCUAAGUAAGGGGAGGGAAUUUGAUAUCUCUACAGGCAAAAGCGGGGUUGGUAAAUAGAAUUCGAUUAAAUUCAGUGAUGAUUAGAUAUUCACCGACUUUUAUCUGUAUCCAGCUAUUUCAAUUAAGGUUGUCCCCGAGCAAAGCGGAAAAGUCGAAUACGAGCGCAAAAGGCUAGAGCUGCUAGGAAUCGCUAAAAAAUUCAUUAAUUUUUUAGCGAUUCCCAGCAAGCCUUUCGCACUCGUAUUCGACUUUUCUACUUUGCUCGGGACAACCUUAAUUGAAAUAGCUGUAUACAGUAUAUAUAUAAAAGCCGGUUUUUGCGCGGGUUUUAUAUAUAUAUCAAACCCGCAAAAACCGGGUUAUAUAGGUAAACCUGCUGAAUAUUUCAAUUCAAUUCUAUUCAUCAAGCCCGCUUUUCUCUGUGCAUGGAGAGAUCAAAUUCCCGGCCUCCUUUGCUUUUACCUGUAGAUAUUUACCCAACUAAUAAAACCGUAUCGAGAACAAUAGAAAUCCGCACAAAUGUGAACUAAGAAACAUAUAUUUCCCUCUAUUUAGAGUUUACAGGUCCCCUGUGGUUGCGCAGGUGUGCCAGGUAUCCCUAGGAUUCCGGGCCAACAUGGAAGAGAUGGCUUGCCCGGACUACGCGGGAACGAUGGCGCAAAAG